GCAUGCACUCUCAAUCUUUCGUGUGCCGAUAGUUCGUCGCUUUUUUUCUUUAAUCAGAUUACCACGGCGAUCCAGCAGAAAAUAAAAUGCGUGCGACCAGUACGAAGUAAACCUAAAUUUCUCCGUAAAACGAGGUCAGAAUGAGAUAUCCGUUAACUGACCAGUCGAGUGUCGAACGUUCAACAAGGAGUACUAUCCAUCUGACGAAGAGAUGUUCUUCCGCAGUCAUUGAAUCUGGCAUCGUUCAGAACGCGAGAUGAGGGCUGCCUGUUUGCUACUCUUCUUCGCUGUUCUUUGUAUUCAAAGCUCCUUGCAACGGGUCAACAAGAGAGCUUCUGAUUCGGAGAGAACGUUAGAAACAUCCGUAGGCAAUGACAUAUUGACUUUUACGAAAAACGACGAUUCCAAGAAGAAUGAAGAAGAUUGGAAUACGAAGAAAUUACAACAAUUGCUGAAACAAGUGACGAAUUCUACGUCGAACACCACAACUCAAGUGACCGCUACGAAACAAGGUCCUUGUCAAUGCGGAGGAGGUGUCUGCGGUUGUUGCUCUAGAAUUUUAUUCGACACUUGGAAACAGAAAGCAUGCGUGAAUGUGACGUACGAUCCGGAUGAGUUUAGUUUCACCGCGAAGAUUUCGAUGAAUAAUAGAGUUCUGUACACAAGAACCAUAUCUGGAAAGAAUCCUCGGCCAAUAUGUGUGCCAGUGCCACGAAUUCCAAUCGUUAAAGCGUGUGUUCGAUUUUAUAACAUUUAUUUCCAGGGCAGGAAUAUUCACGCGUGUAUAAAUAUGGAGGGGAAGUUUCAAGAUUUCACGAUAUUUAAGGUCGGAUUAGAUUGCAUUAGAUUCGGUGUAAACGGUUUGGCUCUGGUAAAGCCAGAGGACGGAGGUGGAUUAGGUCAGAUAGAAUUCUUGCCAGGUGAUGACGAUGAUGAGGAUGAAGACGAUUAUGAUUACGACGACAACGACGACGACGACGAUGACGACGAUUUACUUGAUUUCUGAGGAAACCUAAGAUUCUGUUCGUGACAGUCGCGAAGAACUUAAUAGUACAAUUACGCAUUCCUACUGCCAUCGCAUGGCAGCAAUCAUUAUUUAUUAUAUUUUCUUUUUAUAUUUAAGAGCGUAACGCAACGAUCUGUUUGUAAACUAAUCGUCUGAAGAUUGUCAACGAGUUCGGUCACGUUUUAUAAAGUAACUUUGCAUCGUUCGAAACAUCAAAUUAACUGCUGAAUAUCGUAUUGUACAUUAUCAAGAGACGAAUAAAUAGAUGUAUUUGAAA